AUGCAAACCUUCUCGUGAGUUGCUGGAUCUUCUCGAAUUCCAGUGAUAUUCUCUCAUUUUCAGCGCCGUCCUCCUUGCUUUGGGUCUCUUCUCCGGAGCUUCCGCUCAAUUGGCCGCCUGGCCGUCGCAGAGCUACUCACCCUUCUACCAGGCGCUUUUCAGCGGAGCCAGCACUCCAGUGCUCUCGGCUCCAGUCGCCAGAACGGCUCCGUCGGCCAUCCCACUCGCCGCCCCGGCUCUUCCAGUCUUCGCCGCCCCGGCCCCACUUCUGGCGCCACCGGCACCAGUGUUCGCUCCUCCAGCUCUUCCGGCUUUCGCUCCACCAGCGCCAGUCUUUGCCGCUCCGGCUCUUCCGGCUUUUGCCCCGGCUCCAGUGGCCCCAGUUCUCCGCGGACCAGCCUACUCCUACGCUCCGUCGCCAGUUCUGGCGCCAGUUGGAGCGGCUCCAGUGCUCGCCGCCCCGGCUCUUCCAUUUGCUGCUCCGGCCCUGGCUCCAGCGUUCGCCGCCCCGGUCCUCGCUCCAAGAUUCGUGCCAGCCUACGCUCCAUUCGCCCGCGCGGCCAUGUUCAUCGGAUCCAACAAGGCCAAGACGUAAGCGACAUUGUCGGUCUCUUUCCGCUUCUAAUUUCUUGUUUUCAGCGCCUAA